AAGAGGGACCGAGGAGGCGGGAAGGAGAGCCGCAGUUUUACUAGGGUUUUGUGAGGUUUUACCGUUUUAGAUUCGCCGGGGCAAAUCCGGCCGGCCACCAUAUCAGUGGCAAUCACCAUGACCACCGGCACGGCCCUGCUCUUCCUCUUGAAGUCCUCGUCGAGGGGAUGGCACCAACCUUCUUUCCGUUUCCUGCCGUGGUUUCCCAGGAGGAGGGUAGUGCCUGUAGGUUUUACUUCCAUGGUCGGAGGGGCUUCCCCCUUCUCGACCUCCGCCCAGCCGUUCCCAGAGUCCGAGCCUGCCGCAAAAGCCAGUGGCCCCGUGCCGAGGCUCUCGGCUAGACUGAGUUUCGUCUUCGACCAGAUGGACAUGAUCGAGCGCGAACGUGCUCGUAAAGACGAGGCUUUCAGGCAAAUCAGGGCGUGGAGGGAGAAGAAGAAAGGCGACGCCGCCGCCAAGGCGGAGGUCGAGGCGCCUAAUCCGACUCCGGCUCCUGCUCAUUCGCUGGCUGAGACGGUCAUUUCCAGUGGCGUCGUGGGAUUGAAGCAGGUGAUCAGAGAGGAGGAGAUGGGGCAGAAGGCUGGGGGCGGAGGGUUGGCGAUGGAGGUCGUCCAUCCCUGGCCGGAAUGGAUUGAGCUGAUGGAGCGUUUGCUGCAACAUAACUAUUUUGGUCAUCAGGAGAAGAGCGAGGACCAGAUGCUCGAGAACGUUGGUGUUAAUCCAUCAGGGUAUCGGAAUCUCGAGAACGUUGCUGUGAAUGCGUUGGGUUUAACCGAUGAAGGGUUCGCCUUCACAAGGGAUUGGGCGACCGUCCGGACAGCUUGUCUGAACUUCGGCCGAGACCGAUUCGACAUCUUGAGGUCGUUAUCGAGGAAGGAUAUUCAGAUUCUUGUUGGUCAUGGUUGUCCUUCCGUGGAUAACAAGGUGGUAUUUUCUGCAAAGUUACUAAGAAAGUAUGUCCAUCUUGACGAAGGAGAUGUCUGUAGUUCAUGCAGUUUAAGAAGUUCUUGUGCGAGGGCUUAUUUGUUGACACGCAAGGAGGAUGAGGCCAGGACACUUGACGUUAUGCGCGUUUUGUUGACUUACGGAUUUGAUCCCAUUAAUGGAUCAGUUGAGAACAAGCUAAUUAUAAAAAUGAAACCAGUGAAGACAGUCAUCCGUAAGUUGCUGCAUGAGAUUGUAAAACUAAGUGCCAUUCCUAUAGAUCCAAACCUUCCGCCACCAGUGAUCAAGAAAACUCCACCAAAAGUCAAGCAACCACCUCCACCGCCAAAGAAGCGGGUUGGUCGUGAUGACAUUGAAAUGAAGAAGGGAGACUGGCUUUGUCCAAAGUGUGAUUUUAUGAACUUUGCUAAAAACACUGAGUGUUUGCAGUGCGAUGCGAGGCGGCCAAAGAGGCAGUUACUGCCUGGGGAAUGGGAAUGUCCGCAGUGCAAUUUCUUGAAUUACCGGCGAAACAUGGCAUGCUUUCAUUGUGACCACAAACGCCCACCUGAUGAAUUUCUUGAGAAUCAGUUGCAACAGAGGCCACCGACAAGUCCAAGAACAAGACUGGAGAGAGUGGCCAAUAUUCAAAAUGUUACUAAUGCUUGGAACUUUGAUUUUGAUGACAAUGAGUCUGAUGGGGCUGAUGUUGCAGCAUUUGAAUAUGCUGACUCCCCAAGAAUAGAUGAAGAAUCUUCUUUUAGUGGCCGUGCCUCUUCAGAACCUAUUUCUAGGUUUGAAGAUGAACCCUUUGAAGCCACCCAAAUGCAAAGAAGUUACCAAAGAGGCAAGUCUAAAGAAGGUGUUGGAAGAGAAAUCUCUUCAUUUGGUGCUCGAACUGGGUUUGAUGAUUUUGAUGAAGAAGAAGAUGACAUUGACAGUUACGAAUUAGAUAUUUCAACUGGCGACUCCAAGUCAGAGGUUUCCUCAUCAGGCAUUUCUCAGGUGGUGGCUUCUUCUGAUUCUGAUGAUUUUAGCGAAGCAGAUAGUUUGUCUGGAGGCAACCAGGGUACUCAUUCUGGUUCUCUCGAAAGGGCAUCUCAUUGGAUGAGAAAAUCAACUUAUAACAGCUCUCAGUAUGUGGAAGAGCCCAACUCUGAUGAUGAAUUUUCCGAUGAUUCUGACUGGAAUUCUGGUGCCAGCACACAUUCCAGAAAAGGAGCAGGUGGAAGAAGCCAUCGCGGUUCAUUUAGGCAGACAUCUUCUCAUUCAGAAAAUGAACUUGUGUUUGAUUCAGAUACUGAUGAUGAGGUUGGGCAUGCCGUGCGGCAUAAGCAAAGGAAAGUGGCUGCUUCGAGUUUGGGCAGGAAAAACUUGAGGAAAGGAAGAAGUUUCUCUGAUACCGAUGAUGAGUUGUCCUUUGGAUCAGAUUCUGAUGAUCAAGGUGCUGUGAGAUCCCAACGAGGUAGCAAAAGAAAUAGGUUUGACCAUGGUACAGACAGGAGAUUUUCCUCAAACCUCAAUGGCCAUAAAUACAUUGACAAUCCACAUUCUGGAACAAGAGAGAGAAGAGGUGGUUUAAGCAACUCUUUUGGCAAGAGAGAUCAUAAUGACAGUUUUAGGAGAUCCCGUUACCUUGAUAGAGGGGAUAGAGAGAGAAAGUUUGUGAGACAAGGUCGUGGUGGUGAUUAUGGAGGAAGAUCAAAUAAAUCCUGGGAUGGUACUUUUGGCAGAAGGAUGAAUGACAGAGAUGGUGCUCUAUGCAAUUUUGAUCAUCCUCGACACAGGGAACGUUUCACAUAUGAAAAAAAAGGAAGAUUUAGAGAGUUUGAUAAUAGUUUUAGCCAGGAAGUUGGUUUUACUGGCAAAACGAAUAACAGGCGAAGAAAUGAGAGGUGAAAUUUUUGAAUUCUGAGUAAGUUAUGUUUGGACUUAUUUCCAGAGGAAGAGUAGGAUGCAUAUGGUUGAGAAGCCAAGCCAUCAACAUCCGCAAAUAUCUCGAAGAAUUGGAGUCUAUUGAAGGAAAAACAAAUAACCUGGCAUUAUCUAUUCUAACUUCUAAGCAUAUGACCUUAUGUGUUAGGAAGAGUGGAAAUCUGCUGCUUCUGGCUUGAGCAAACAUGGCAACACAAAAGCUGUCUCUUUCCAAGAAAUAGUUGGUGUGGUUGACAAAGCUGAACCAGUAAAUGGGAAGCGUGCAGGUCCACAAUUCAAUUGCAGUCUAACCAUGUUACCAUAGCAAUGUACUCAUGGUGUAAUUUAAGUUUGGGUAAUUGUUGUAUUAUUCCAUACUGGCGGUUAUCCUUUCCAAGAACUAAACCUAAGAAGGCGAAUGUAUUUUCUGUGAUAAAUCAUUGCACUUGCCUGCUUUCGGCCUCACCAUCAACAAAGGGUCCACUUGAUUGAGUUUUCCUCCAGAAGGAUCUCAAAGUUGUGCUGUCGUCUGACAGGCCAGUGACCGUGGAAACAAGGUUGCACAAAGAUAUGGAUUCAUAAACUUGUGACUAUAAUUGAAACAGAUUAUUGGUUUGAGAGGGACAGCACGUGGAGCAGAAAAUUAUCCUUGGCGGACAUGUUGGAUCCAUAUUGUUGUCAUUUGGAAAGCAGAUUCAAUAAAAAGGCAAGGAAUUUUUUGGUGCUUGUUCUAUGUAAAAUUGAAAAGAAGCCAGCUUCCGUAUGUACCUGCCAGCUGCAUCUGUCCAAAAUAACAGCCAUAGUCAGGAAUUGUCUGGUUUCACCGCUCGAGGGACAAGGCUUUGACCAAGAGAGUUGCAUUUGCAUUUAUUGGUUUGCUAAAGCUGUGGCCUGUGUCCCUUGGGGUUGGGGAGGUGCACAUUCUCGUGGACCUGCUGCUGCUUCCUGAAGGGUUCAGGGAGGUUUCCUUUUAACCAGUUGGGAAAACCUAAAAAGGGAACCCAACGAGAAGGCUCUGGUGCUGCAAUGUUCAAGACAGGUGCUAUUUGUAGGUGGCUGGUGUAGAUCAUGUUUUACCAGUCGAAGGACUGCCAAGGAAUAAUCAAUAUGGAUAUUUUGUCUUGCCUUAGUUGAUGAAGAUCAAAAAUCCCAAACUAGUAUGUUUAUUAUGACUCGUAAUUCUUAUUGUAUAUCCUUCCAAAAUUGUAGAAAAUUAGCCUCUACAGAAAACCUAAU